UCAAGAUGGCGGCUCCCACAAUUGUGGUCUGAGCGCCGGCGGGGCUGGGACGAUCGCGGCGCUUGUGGCUCCUUUCCACCCGCCCCGGAAGCCGGCCAGUGCUGGGGACUUGGGGGUGUGGGAACCGGGCCGGGGCUCCGCCAUUUCCGGCGGGGGAGGGCUACGACUGAGGAAGGGAGGAGAGAGAGGCGGCUCAAGAUGGCGGCUCCCAGGGCCUCCCGCCCGAGCUUGUAAGCGGGAGCGCCCGGGCAGAUAGUCAGAGCGGGGGGACUCGGCGGCCUCCAGCUUCUCGGGCCUACGCGCCGGACCGUUUCGGGAGGCUCUUGAGGAGACGGGGUGAGCGAGAAAAAGGGGAAGAGCCAAAGGGAAGGAGGAUAGUUAAGAUGGCGGCCUCCAUGGAGUCGUCCACCGCUGUGUGAGGAACCGCUUGUCUGUGAGAGCUGUCUUAGACGAAAGGGGGUGUGUGUGUGAGGAAUUGAGGGGCUCCAUUCCCGCUUGGUGACUUCUUGCCACCGCACCCUUUCCGGGAACUAUGGCUUCGGCCGUGUCGCCCGCCAACUCGCCAGCGGUGCUCCUGCAGCCCCGCUGGAAGCGAGUAGUGGGCUGGUCGGGUCCGGUGCCCCGGCCCCGCCACGGCCACCGUGCCGUGGCCAUCAAGGAUCUCAUCGUCGUGUUUGGCGGCGGCAACGAGGGGAUAGUGGACGAACUGCACGUGUACAACACGGCGACCAACCAGUGGUUCAUCCCAGCUGUGAGAGGGGACAUCCCUCCUGGGUGUGCAGCCUAUGGCUUCGUGUGCGACGGGACUCGCCUCCUGGUGUUUGGUGGGAUGGUGGAAUAUGGGAAAUACAGCAAUGACCUCUAUGAGCUCCAGGCAAGUCGGUGGGAGUGGAAGAAACUCAAAGCGAAGACUCCCAAAAACGGGCCUCCUCCGUGUCCUCGGCUUGGGCACAGCUUCUCCCUUGUGGGCAACAAAUGCUACCUGUUCGGGGGUCUGGCCAACGAUAGCGAGGACCCCAAGAACAACAUUCCACGGUACCUAAAUGACUUAUAUAUCCUGGAAUUACGGCCAGGCUCUGGAGUAGUGGCCUGGGACAUCCCCAUCACUUACGGGGUCCUGCCCCCACCCCGGGAGUCACAUACUGCCGUGGUCUACACUGAAAAAGACAACAAGAAAUCCAAGCUGGUGAUCUAUGGAGGAAUGAGUGGCUGCAGGCUAGGCGACCUCUGGACCCUGGAUAUUGAGACUCUGACAUGGAAUAAACCCUGUCUCAGCGGGGUGGCACCUCUGCCUCGCAGUCUACACUCAGCAACUACCAUAGGAAACAAAAUGUACGUGUUUGGUGGCUGGGUGCCUCUUGUCAUGGAUGAUGUCAAAGUGGCUACACACGAGAAGGAGUGGAAGUGUACCAACACACUGGCUUGUCUCAACCUAGACACCAUGGCCUGGGAGACCAUCCUGAUGGACACACUGGAGGACAACAUUCCCCGGGCUCGAGCCGGCCACUGCGCAGUCGCCAUCAACACCCGCCUGUACAUUUGGAGUGGGCGCGACGGCUACCGCAAGGCCUGGAACAACCAGGUGUGCUGCAAGGACCUCUGGUACCUGGAGACAGAAAAACCACAGCCCCCGGCCCGAGUACAGCUGGUACGAGCCAACACCAACUCCCUGGAGGUGAGCUGGGGGGCAGUGGCAGCAGCGGACAGUUACCUUCUGCAGCUCCAGAAAUAUGACAUUCCUGCCACGGCUGCUACUGCCGCCUCCCCCACACCCAAUCCAGUCCCAUCCGUGCCUGCCAACCCUCCCAAGAGCCCAGCCCCAGCAGCAGCUGCACCUGCUGUGCAGCCGCUGACCCAAGUAGGCAUCACGCUCCUGCCCCAGGCUGCAGCCGCGCCCCCGACCACCACCACCAUCCAGGUCUUGCCAACGGUGCCAGGCAGCUCCAUUUCCGUGCCCACUGCAGCCAGGACUCAAGGUGUUCCUGCUGUUCUCAAAGUGACCGGUCCUCAGGCUACAACAGGAACCCCGUUGGUCACCAUGCGACCUGCCAGCCAGGCUGGGAAAGCCCCCGUCACUGUGACCUCCCUGCCCGCGGGUGUGCGAAUGGUUGUGCCGACGCAGAGUGCUCAGGGGACGGUGAUCGGGAGCAGCCCGCAGAUGAGCGGGAUGGCUGCACUGGCAGCCGCGGCCGCUGCCACCCAGAAGAUUCCUCCUUCCUCGGCACCCACAGUGCUAAGUGUCCCAGCAGGCACCACCAUCGUCAAGACUGUGGCUGUGACACCUGGCACUACUACCCUACCAGCCACUGUGAAGGUGGCUUCCUCGCCAGUCAUGGUGAGCAACCCGGCUACUCGCAUGCUGAAGACUGCAGCUGCCCAGGUGGGCACAUCUGUCUCCUCUGCCGCCAACACAUCUACCCGCCCUAUCAUCACGGUGCACAAGUCAGGGACCGUGACAGUGGCUCAGCAAGCCCAGGUGGUGACCACAGUGGUGGGCGGCGUCACCAAGACCAUCACCCUGGUGAAGAGCCCCAUCUCCGUCCCAGGAGGCAGUGCUCUGAUUUCCAAUCUGGGCAAAGUAAUGUCAGUGGUCCAGACCAAACCAGUUCAGACUUCAGCAGUCACAGGCCAGGCAUCUACGGGCCCUGUGACUCAGAUCAUUCAGACCAAAGGGCCCUUGCCAGCAGGGACAAUCCUGAAGCUGGUGACCUCAGCAGAUGGCAAGCCCACCACCAUCAUCACUACCACACAAGCCAGCGGGGCGGGAACCAAGCCCACCAUCCUGGGCAUCAGCAGUGUCUCCCCCAGCACUACCAAACCUGGCACGACCACUAUCAUCAAAACAAUCCCUAUGUCGGCCAUCAUCACCCAGGCGGGUGCCACGGGUGUGACCAGCACUCCUGGCAUCAAGUCCCCCAUCACCAUUAUCACCACCAAGGUUAUGACUUCGGGUACUGGAACGCCCGCCAAAAUCAUCACUGCCGUCCCCAAGAUUGCCACUGGCCACGGGCAGCAAGGAGUGACGCAGGUGGUGCUAAAGGGGGCCCCUGGACAGCCAGGCACCAUCCUCCGCACUGUGCCCAUGGGGGGCGUUCGCCUGGUCACCCCUGUCACCGUCUCUGCCGUCAAGCCAGCCGUCACCACAUUGGUUGUGAAGGGCACCACAGGCGUCACAACCCUAGGCACGGUGACAGGCACCGUGUCCACCAGCCUUGCUGGAGCUGGGGGCCACAGCACCAGUGCCUCACUGGCCACACCCAUCACCACCUUGGGCACCAUCGCCACCCUCUCGAGCCAGGUGAUCAACCCCACUGCCAUCACCGUGUCAGCUGCACAGACCACGCUGACGGCGGCUGGCGGGCUCACCACCCCCACCAUCACCAUGCAGCCUGUCUCCCAGCCUACCCAGGUGACUCUGAUCACAGCACCCAGUGGGGUUGAGGCCCAGCCCGUGCAUGACCUCCCCGUGUCCAUCCUGGCCUCACCUACUACAGAACAACCCACAGCCACAGUCACCAUCGCUGACUCGGGCCAGGGUGAUGUUCAGCCUGGCACCGUGACACUGGUGUGCUCCAACCCACCCUGCGAGACCCAUGAGACAGGCACCACCAACACGGCCACCACCACCGUCGUGGCUAACCUUGGGGGACACCCCCAGCCUACCCAAGUGCAGUUCGUAUGUGACAGGCAGGAGGCAGCUGCUUCUCUCAUGACCUCGACUGUGGGGCAGCAGAAUGGUAGUGUAGUCCGCGUCUGCUCAAACCCACCCUGCGAGACCCAUGAGACAGGCACCACCAACACCGCCACCACUGCCACCUCCAACAUGGCUGGGCAGCAUGGCUGCUCCAACCCGCCCUGUGAAACACAUGAGACGGGCACCACCAGCACUGCCACCACGGCUAUGUCGAGCAUUGGCUCUGGCCAGCCACGAGACGCACGUCAUGCCUGUGUGGCCGGCACCCCCAGUGUGGUCCGGAUCAGUGUGGCUGCUGGGGCAUCAGAGGGAGCCCAGGGUUCUAUCAAGUCCCAGUGCCAAACCCGCCAGACCAGCGUGACCAGCACCACCAUGACUGUGACGGCCACUGGCACCCCAUGUUUGGCUGGCCCGCCUCUUGGGCCAGGCGUGGUGUUGGAGGCUGGGGGCCACAGCACUGCUUUUGUGCAGUUGGCCCCUCUGAGUGGCAGAGUCGGGCUGAGUGGCCCUGGCAGCAAAGACGUGCCCAUGGGGCGCCGAUUGGAGACGCAGCACACUCACACGACCAACACCCCCACCAUGGUCCGCUCCACCAUGGGGGCUGGGGAGGCCAGUGCGGCACGGGGGGCCCCCAUGCCUGCCUACGAGAGCCUUCAGACCGGCUCGUCCAACACCACCGUGACUCUGACAGCCCUGGAGGCGCUGCUGUGCCCCUCGGCCUCGGCCACCAUGACCCAAGUCUGCUCCAACCCACCGUGUGAGACCCACGAGACAGGAACCACCCACACUGCCACUACCUCGAACGCAGGCAGUGCCCAGCGGGUGUGCUCCAACCCACCCUGUGAGACACACGAGACGGGAACCACCCACACGGCCACCACCGCUACUUCCAGCGGGGGCACAGGACAGGCUGAAGGUGGGCAGCAGCCCCCCACCAGCCGCGCCUGUGAGACACACCAGACCACUUCGACUGGCACCACCAUGUCGGUCAGCAUGGGCACCCUGCUCCCCGACGCUGCCACCUCCCACAGGACCAUGGAGGUGGCACCACCCGCUGCCACCCCCCAGGCCAGUGCUGCCUUGCUGGCUCCUUUCCCAACACAGAGGAUGUGCUCCAACCCCCCCUGCGAGACCCACGAGACAGGCACCACACACACGGCCACCACCGUCACCUCCAACAUGAGUUCAAACCAAGACCCCCCACCAGCUGCCAGCGACCAGGCGGAGGUGGAGAGCACGCAAGGUGACAGUGUGAACAUCCCCAGCUCCAGUGCCAUCACAACAACCGUGUCAUCCACGCUGACGCGGGCUGUGACCACUGUGACACAGUCCACACCGGUCCCAGGCCCCUCAGUGCCGAAGAUCUCAUCAAUGACUGAGACUACCCCAGGGGCUCUGACUACCGAAGUCCCCAUCCCAGCCACGAUAACAGUGACCAUAGCCAACACAGAAACUUCUGACAUGCCCUUCUCUGCUGUUGACAUCCUGCAGCCCCCAGAGGAGCUCCAGGUCUCACCAGGGCCUCGCCAGCAGCUGCCACCACGGCAACUCCUGCAGUCUGCCUCCACACCCCUGAUGGGGGAGUCCACCGAGGUCCUGUCAGCCUCCCAGAACCCUGAGCUCCAGGCCGCCGUGGAUCUGAGCAGCACAGGGGACCCAUCUUCAGGCCAGGAGCCUGCCAGCUCAGCAGUAGUGGCCACUGUGGUGGUCCAGCCACCCCCACCUACACAGUCUGAAGUAGACCAGUUAUCACUUCCCCAGGAGCUGAUGGCAGAGGCCCAGGCGGGCACCACCACCCUCAUGGUAACAGGGCUCACCCCUGAGGAGCUGGCGGUGACAGCUGCUGCUGAAGCGGCCGCCCAGGCUGCAGCCACAGAGGAAGCCCAGGCCCUGGCCAUCCAGGCGGUACUCCAGGCCGCGCAGCAGGCCGUGAUGGCAGGUACUGGGGAGCCCAUGGACACGUCUGAGGCGGCGGCAGCCGUGACGCAGGCAGAGCUGGGGCACCUGUCAGCUGAGGGCCAGGAGGGACAGGCCACCACCAUCCCCAUCGUGCUGACACAGCAGGAGCUGGCUGCCCUGGUGCAGCAGCAGCAGCAGCUACAGGAGGCCCAGGCCCAGGCCCAGCAGCAGCACCACCACCUCCCCACCGAAGCCCUGGCCCCAGCUGAUAGCCUCAACGACCCAGCCAUCGAGAGCAAUUGCCUCAACGAGCUGGCCGGUGCUGUCCCCAGUACUGUGGCCCUGCUACCGUCGACGGCCACUGAGAGCCUGACUCCAUCCAACACAUUCGUAGCCCCCCAGCCAGUUGUGGCAGCCAGCUCAGCGAAGCUGCAGGCCGCAGCUACCCUGACUGAAGUGGCCAAUGGCAUCGAGUCCCUGGGCGUGAAGCCAGACCUGCCACCCCCACCCAGCAAAGCACCUGUGAAGAAGGAGAACCAGUGGUUUGAUGUGGGGGUCAUUAAGGGUACCAGUAUAAUGGUGACACACUAUUUCAUGCCGCCAGAUGAUGCUGUCCCAUCGGAUGAUGACUCAGGCACUGUCCCCGACUAUAACCAGCUGAAGAAGCAGGAGCUGCAGCCGGGCACAGCCUAUAAGUUUCGUGUGGCCGGGAUCAAUGCCUGUGGCCGGGGGCCCUUCAGCGAGAUCUCCGCCUUUAAGACGUGUCUGCCUGGUUUCCCAGGGGCCCCUUGUGCCAUUAAAAUCAGCAAAAGUCCAGAUGGUGCUCACCUCACCUGGGAGCCGCCCUCUGUGACCUCCGGCAAGAUCGUUGAGUACUCGGUAUACUUGGCCAUCCAGAGCUCGCAGGCCGGCGGCGAGCCCAAGAGCUCAACCCCGGCCCAGCUGGCCUUCAUGCGGGUGUACUGCGGGCCCAGCCCCUCCUGCCUGGUGCAGUCCUCCAGCCUCUCCAAUGCCCACAUUGACUACACCACCAAGCCCGCCAUCAUCUUCCGCAUUGCUGCCCGCAAUGAGAAGGGCUACGGCCCCGCUACGCAAGUGAGGUGGUUGCAAGAAACUAGUAAAGACAGCUCUGGCACCAAGCCGGCCAGCAAGCGGCCCUUGUCCUCUCCGGAAAUAAAAUCCGCUCCAAAGAAGUCUAAAGCAGAUGGUCAGUGAAAGGAAGCUGACCAGCCCCUGGAUUCUUCUCCAGAUCCCCCUUCUGCUUCAGGAACCACCUGCCAGGGCCCACCCCUCCUACCCCACCCAGCGUUCGCACUUCACGGUCAUGAGCCACUGGCCACCAUCCAUCCCCUCUCCCCUUUCUCUCUGUUUUUAAACUCUAAAGAAAGCACAUUUGACCAUGCUGUUGGGAGGAAGCAGAGGUGGAUUGGAACGAGCAGAGAGCAAGUGAGAGAGCAGCGCUCCUUCCUGCAGCGCCUGUGCCUCUAGGGCCGAGCGACUAGAGAACUUAGAGACCUUUACGGGAGAGACAGAAACUGAAAUUUCAGAGGAGGAUGGCAGAAAGCACCCACACUUCAAAGACUGCAUAUGUUUUGUGGUUCAUCACCCUUGGCCUGAGGGGCCAGCCAAGGGCUGGGUGGGGGCAGGCAUAGGAGCCGAAGAAAGGCGCCCGUGGACCCCAUGCAAGAGGCUACCCCAGGCACCCUAUCCAGGGUGUCUGUCUGCUUCUGUUGCCCUUGUGUUUCCAGCCGCCUGGCGCUGCUUCCUCAGGCUCGCCCAGCCUGCGUCUGUAGGAAGCUUGACCUAUUUUCUCAGAGGCCUUCGUGCUCCCGCCUCUUCUGCCCUCCCCUCCUCUUUCCCGUUUAAGAAAAAGAAAAGAGAUGGAAAAGGAGGGGAAAGAAGGAGCCCCGUGGCGGCCUGAGCAGUGUCCUGGAAGAGCUCCCGACGGGUGCGGCAUAGCCCACCCCACCGCCAGGCUGCCUGCCCUGCCCAAGGCGGGGGCCGCCUCACCCACUGCUGCAUUUGUUGUAUUUUUUAAGUUGAAAUCAAUGAAGUUACCAUUUUUAUUGUAAUUUUAACCUUAGCGUGUGGGGUUUUGUCCCUUUUUUGUUAUUAGCUGUGUACAGAAUGUGUAUCUCUCUUUUUUUUUUUUUUCUUCUUUUCUCCUUGGCUAAUCCUUUUUCUGGAGGAAAAGCUGGGGGCAGCCGGGGCAGGAGAGAUGAAUUUCCCAUGUGGGGCCUGGUAUUUGCUGCCCAACCCAAUUUCCUAUUGCUGGCCCCUGCCCUCUGUCCCUUUGCCUGUCCCCAGGCCUCUGGGACAAAAAGAAGGUGAGCUGUCAAACCUCACUCCCCCUGGGUGAUCACUCCAUGCCUAUAGGCUUGAGCUCGAGGGAGCUGAAGCUAGAACCUCCUUGCCCUGGGCUCACAGCUUUCUCCACCCCUGGCCAGAAUUGAGGCCAAGAAGCUCUCUCCCUCAGUGUCACUGGCUCGGAGACCCUGAUACUCUCAACUGUUGUUUCCUGCAGCUCCCCCACCCCCAGUUGUAGUAGGGGGACUAGGCCUCCAUAGAGGCAGCCCAGAGAGGGCGAUUAUGUGCUGUCACCCACGAGGGGGGCUGGGGCAAUGAAGCAGAUUAACAGCACCAGCCACUGGCUCUUAAUUUUCAGCACUGUUCCCCGGGCCAGGCCAGUCCUCCUCCUAAGGGUUAGACUGGGUAGUUGGGGGCUCUGCUUGGAGUUUUCUGCUUCACACCCGAGCUUUAGGCAAGGAGCAAGACUUGCAAGCAGGUUACAGGUGGGUUUAAAAUAAGCAGCCAAUUUUCAACCCUCCAUCUCUGGAGACAUGGCGGGGGGUGGGGGUGGCUCCCCACCUCUGGUCUGUGCCCUGUAGGCCCCCUGGUUUGUUGUAUUAUAAAUGUAUUUCGCUGUGGAAAAUGUCACGUUUAGUCAUCUCAGCCCACUCGCCUGGUCCCAUUGUUUUACCCUCUCCCUUCUCCCAAGCGCCCUUUGAUUUCUCUUGUUUCCGAGAACAGCACACCCAUUCAUCUAUUGUAGAGUAACCCCUGUGACUCAAUAUUACCAUAGUGCGAUGUCGUUUUGUGCUAUUUUGAACAAUUAAAAGACUUUUUUUGAAAUAAC